AUGAGCGGGCUCGGCGGCGGCGGGUACAUGCUCGUCCGCCCCGCAGGCGAGGCCCAGUCGUACGCCGUCUCCUUCGGGAUGGUGGCGCCCGGCGCAUUGGACCCGGCGGACUACCCGCUCACCGGCGAGGCCGGCGCGGACUUGUUCGGCUGGCCGGCUGUCGAGGGCGACCGCAACACGCGCGGUCCGUUUGCGGUCGCGGUGCCGGGGCAGGUCGCGGGCCUCGCGUUGGCGCGGGAGCGCUUCGGCAGCUGGGGCUGGGCCGACCUCGUGGCGCCCGCGUGCGCCUUGGCCGAGCGGGGCAUGGAGGUCGACUGGCAUGCCACCGUCGCGAUUGCGGCGUCGGCGCCGGAGCUCGCGCAGGACCCCGGCUGCGCCGCCACCUAUCUCGCGGAUGGCUUCCCGCUGGCGACGCCCUGGACCGGCGACGCGCCCCGCAUUCGCUUGGGAUCGCUGGCGGAGACGCUGCGGAGGCUCGCCGAGGCCGGGCCCGCCGACUUCUAUACGGGCGAGAUCGCGCGCGCGAUUUGCGCCGACAUGGCGGCGCUCGGCGGCCGGUUGUCGGACACCGAUCUGGCGGACUACGCGGCCCAGGUCGAGGAGGCUCCGGCGACCCGCUACCGCGAUGCUCUGCUGCUCUCCUUCCUCGCGGAUUUCGGGAUGAGCCCGGACGACGCCGCGCACUGCCCGCGCAUCAAUGUCGAUGGCCCCGAUCUCGUGGAGGCCGAUGCCAGGCUGCCGGCGGAGACGCUUGCCUUAUUGGAGGCGCGGUUCGCGCUCGCGGUACGGCCUCACGGGGUUCAUCCGUCGGCGUAUGCCUGCCCGAACGCGGUCGUUUGGGAUCCGCAGAGCGGCACCGCAACCGGCGUUGCCCAUGUGAUGUCUCCCAAUGCGUGCAGCCAGACGCGCAUCGGCAUGAUCACGCCGUCGCUCAACACGGUGCUGGAGCCUGUGACCUAUGCCCUGCUUAGCGAUCUGCCCGACGUGACCGCGCAUUUCAGCCGGGUGCGGGUGACCCAUAUUUCGCUCGGCGAUGACGCAGCGUCUCAGUUCGCCGAUGAGCCCAUGCUCGCCGCCGCGCGCAUGCUGGCGGACGCCCGCGUCCACGCCAUCUGCUGGAACGGCACCGCCGGCAGCUGGCUCGGCCCUGACUUCGACCGCCGGCUCUGCGAGGCGAUCGCGCGCGAGACCGGCAUUCCGGCGACGAGCGCGACGCUGGCGCUGGCCGAGCUCUUCCGCAGCCGGGGAAUCAGCGCUUCGCCCUGGUGA